UUGCCCCUUUCCUCGGAGGACAGGCCCUCCACCUUCCCAGUGGGGGGCGGCCAACUGGAACGCGGCUAUCACCACCUUUUCGUCAGCGACACAGCCAUCACCGAGUUGAUCCAUGAACUGGGCCUCGGCGACCAGCUGGCUUGGCUUGAGUCCAAGGUGGGGCUGUACCACGACGGCAGGAUCUGGGACUUCGCAACUCCCCUGGACCUCCUGCGAUUCAAGCCGCUGUCGCUGUGGCAGCGUUUCCGCGUAGGCCUCUGGACGCUGCGGUUGCAGCGAAUUGCUGACUAUGGCCGAUUCGAGGACAUCACCGCAAAGGACUGGCUGUCGCAGCACAUGGGACGCAAGGCCUACGAGGUGCUCUUCGAGCCUCUACUGAGGGGAAAGUUCGGCGACCACUACGACCAGGUGAGCAUGACUUGGCUUUGGGGCAAGGUGCGCCUGCGCGUGGCAUCCCGCGGGAAGGCAAUGCAGAAGGAGCGCCUGGGAUAUCCGAUGGGAAGCUUCGGCGAGGUGAUCGAGGUUCUCGCUGACCGGAUUGGUGCCCAGGGAGGCGACGUUCAUACCUCCGCACGAGUCAGUCGUGUGCUGAUCGAGAACGACAGGGCGACCGGCCUUGAAAUUCAGCUUGGCAGGGAGGCUGAGCCUGAAUGCAGGGACUACGACGCCAUUCUUGCCACCACGCCCUCGUACGUCUUCACUCAAUUGGUGCCGCCGAUGCCGGAUGAGUACCAGGAGCUUCUGACCGGCGUGAGCUACUUGUCAGCGGUCCUCUUGAUACUAGAGUUGGACCGCCCCUUGACCGACAAGUACUGGAUAAAUAUCGCCGACGUCGAUAUGCCCUUCGUUGGCAUCAUUGAGCACACCAACAUGAUCGACAAGUCCCUGUACGGAGGCAGCCACGUCAUUUACAUCAGCAACUACCCCGACCGCAACAGCGAUUUGUACCAUAUGGAGCCUGGGGACUUGCUGGAGUUGUUCGUCCCCCAUCUGCGCAAGCUCAACCCCGACUUCGACCGCUCGUGGGUGCAGAAUAUUCACCAUCAUCGUGUCGACGGUGCCCAGCCCAUCAUCAGCAGGAACUACAGCCAGCGCAUCCCGUCCCACCAGACGCCGGUUCGCGGGCUCUAUCUUGCUAACACAACGCAGAUUUUCCCCGAGGACCGCGGCACGAACUAUUCCAUCCGAAUGGGCCGCCAGGUGGCGCAGAUGGUAAUGGACGAAGCGGGGUAG